AUGGGUCUGUCGGCAAGGUUCGCUACACAGCCAGACAUAGUCGCUCGCGGGUCUAUAUACCGGGCCAAAGCCUGUGCAGCGCUUAAGGAAGAUCUUGAGAACAUCUGUCUUGAGAAUAUCCAAGCUUGUAUUUUGAUCGGCAACAACUUCUUUGGCGAAGGCAAUGCGGAUGUUGAAUCGCUAUACUUUGGUCUUGCUAGUCGAAUGACGCAGCUCCUGAAUCUAGGAGUCUGCAACGAAAAUGACGACGGACCAACACGUGAAGUUAAAAGACGCAUCUACUGGACAUGUUUCAUAAUCGACACUUGGGCCAGCAGCGGAUCCAAUGUCUCACGCCAGUUUAGACAACAGGCCAGCCAUCCUAGAGCACCGAUGGACGAAUAUGUCUUUUACAACAUGAAACCAGGUGACCCGGACAUCCCCGACUUCCAGUGGAGGUCUGGCCUAUGGGGUCACAUGGUCAACACCGUCGAGAUAUACACCGAGAUACAGAAUUUUCAGCAGAGCCUGGCAGAUUCAGUCGAGUGGAAUGAAGCUCUUAUCGAUGACGCUGUUCAACGUCUUGAACACAAACUUGGAGCCUUUGAGCAGGUUCUAGGUCCCAAUCUCAAGUUCAGUCGAGAAAAUCUGGCGGCAUUCGUGGAACGUGGUUUAGGUCGCGUCUUUGUUGCCUUCCAUCUCGGUUACCAUCAUUACUAUACGUUGCUAUACUACCACUGCUUGGAUCGUCGUCGACCACCCACGAAAAACGGCAAGAAGUAUUCGGACUCUUGUAAAGCUCAUGCGGCCAUCGUCUGCGACGUGCUAAAGGCGUCCCGAGAAGUCACCGGUGCCGAGGCUGUGUAUAACAUCGUGGGCCAUGUCACCAUUGUAUCCUCGUCAGUUCUACUUCACACCUUCCUCUUCGGGGAACCAUAUGAACUAGAGGACUCACGGACUCGGCUUGCAUCGAAUCUUGAGUCUUUGGUGCAGCUACGAAGUUAUUGGCCAAGCGUGGAGAGAAUGAUCAAUCGCCUAGUCGUCUUCCAGAAAAGCUGUGUCAAGUCAAUCAACGCCGAAUCGUACAGAUUCGACAAGUGGAUGGUCAAAUUUCUUAUUGCUCAUGCGCUGACCCUUGAAGAGAAGGCAGAUGAAAGUUGGCCAAGUCCACAGACCAUUCCUUCAUUUGGAGAUGAUCAUAUUGAGCGGGGUCUUAUUACGCAGGCUAUGAUUGAGGAUAUACAGUGGCAACUAUGA